UUCCUCUACCUCACUCCAGCUGGCUGGUAUCUCCCAGAUGGGAGCUUACACAAUCGUGGAACGUCAAUUUUUGCAACUGUCACCCAAGAGGUACCUCCAGAUCCCCUGCUCUGGAGGUCAGCAGAAUUUACCAUUGUGGUCCCACAUUACUAUAUAUAUUUUCAUACUUUAAAAGCUGCUGCCUGAGAAUCUGGCUUCCAGUUAGUCUGAAAUAAUGUGCUAAGCUUCUUCCCCUUGGGAAACUGACAGGUCUGGGCACACCCUCAACAACUGGGAGCUAUUAAAAAUAAAAUAGCCUGCUUGGACAAUCACAAAGGUUCCAGAGACAACCAAGAGCUGGGGCAAGGUUGAACAGUAAGUUUCAUCUUCUACACAAGGCUACUUCUUCAAAACUGGGAGAGGUAGCUCUUUCAUCUGAUACAUAGAAACAGAGAGUUGAGCAAAAUGAGGAAACAGAGGAAUGUGUUCCAAAUGAAAGAACAGAUAAAAACCUCGGUAAAACCUUAUGAAAUGAGGUACGUAAUUUACCUGAUAAAGAGUUCAACAUAAUGGUCAUAAAGAUGCUCCCUGAACUUGGUAGAAAAAUGGAUGAACUGUGGGAACUUCAACAAAGAGACAGAAAAUAUAAGAAAGUACCAAACAGAAGUUACAGAGCUGAAGCAUACAAUAACUGAACCGAAAAAUACACUACCAGGGUUCAACAGCAGACUAAAUGAAGCAGAAGAAAGAACGGCACCUGGCACCUCAGAAGCUAGAAAAAGUUUGCAUGCACAGCAUUCGGAAUGGGAGAGCGGUCUCUUGAUUUGCAGACCCGUGAGGAGAAGCGCCCACUUCACCCUUCCCCGUUCCCGCCGCCGUUUUCCCCCUCUCCGGAGGAUGGAGGGCAGUCCUCGAGACCCAGGGAAGCGGUAGCCCAGGCGGAUCCCCCUGGAUCCAGCAGGGCUCAAGCAGCGGGCAGCUCUCUCUCCGGCAAAACCUCCCCUCCCUCCUCCCUCCUCCUCCCGAAAAGGAAAAAGAUCGAACCUCUAAACCGGCUUUACCCCUCCCCCUCUUCCUGGGGGAGCUAAAGCAGAGAAUACAGUUCUGUGAUUCACUGGAGAGAAAAGAGGGUGGAGGCAGCAGAGAACUCCAGUGCCAAAACUAAGUAAGUUCUCUGACAAAACGCACGCAGCUUGCGGCGCCUCCGCCGGGCCACCAACCCCGCGGAGACCAAGUGGGCUUGGCGUGGAGCGUGCACGGGGUCAGGGACCCACUUCGGUCCCCGUGCGCUCCAGCAGCGGAGAGAAGGAACAGCUGCUCGAAAUUCCUGCGGAGAAGAGGUGGUCAGCGGUGGAGGGAGAUCAGUAAAGCGGGCUGUUUUUGUCAUUUCGCCGCCUGGUGACCGGACUGCCGGACCUACGGUCGACCCCGCAACCAACGGUGCGCGCGCCCCUGGGAGAACCUCACUCCUCCACCUCGAGGGCGAAAAGUUAUGGCUACGAAAAGUUCCUGCCCAAGGUGAUUAUCAAUUCCUUACUUGAUUUUUUUUUUCUCUUGAGAACUUUUGGGUGGAGGCAUUAACUUUUUGUGUGGCAGCUACUUUGGGGAGCGAGGAGGAGAAGGAAAAAGUGCGAUCUGAUGGAGAAAAGCGACUCCUUGGUCUCUGACACGUCCCAUCCCCUAAGCCACCACGUGUAGAAGAUUAAAGUUGUUGGACGUGUUGACAGCUGAGAGGAGCACGGACUUCUUUCCAGGCGGAGACCCCUCCACCUCCACCGCCUGUUGGUUCUACCCCUCCUGCGUGCAUGUGUGCGCCAGCGGCGGCGCGCGGUGCGUUGUUCUGCCUUGGAGUUUCAGCCGGGACCAGAGUGAAUGGCCCCCAGGGGCUGCUCGGGACCUCCGUCGCCGCCACUUCCUCCGCAGGCCUGGGUCUGGCCCGGAAAGAUGCUAGCCAUGGGGGUGCUGGCAGGCUUCUGGGUCCUCAGCCUCCUCACCUACGGUUACCUGUCCUGGGGCCAGGGCUUGGAGGAGGAAGAGGAAGGGGCUAUGCGACCUCAAACUGGAGAGAGACCAGAGCCCAGCAUAACUACCAUCUCCCAGCCCCAUCUCAUUUUCAUCCUAGCGGAUGAUCAGGGAUUUAGAGAUGUGGGUUACCACGGAUCGGAGAUAAAGACUCCCACUCUUGACAAGCUUGCUGCCGAAGGAGUUAAACUGGAGAACUACUAUGUCCAGCCUAUUUGCACACCGUCCAGGAGUCAGUUUAUUACUGGAAAGUAUCAGAUACAUACCGGACUUCAACAUUCUAUCAUAAGACCUACACAGCCCAACUGCUUACCUCUGGACAAUGCAACCCUACCUCAGAAGCUGAAAGAGGUUGGAUAUUCAACACAUAUGGUUGGAAAAUGGCAUUUGGGUUUUUAUAGAAAAGAAUGUAUGCCCACCAAGAGAGGAUUUGAUACCUUUUUUGGUUCCCUCUUGGGAAGUGGCGAUUACUAUACACACUACAAAUGUGACAGUCCCGGGAUGUGUGGCUAUGACUUGUACGAAAAUGACAAUGCUGCCUGGGACUACGACAAUGGCAUAUACUCCACACAGAUGUACACUCAGAGAGUGCAGCAAAUCUUAGCUUCUCGUGACCCCAGAAAGCCUCUAUUUUUAUAUAUUGCCUACCAAGCUGUGCACUCUCCACUGCAAGCCCCUGGCAGGUAUUUUGAACACUACAGGUCCAUUAUCAACAUAAAUAGGCGCAGGUAUGCUGCCAUGCUUUCCUGCUUAGACGAAGCAAUCAACAAUGUGACCCUGGCUCUAAAGACAUAUGGUUUCUAUAACAACAGCAUUAUCAUAUACUCUUCAGAUAACGGCGGCCAGCCCACAGCAGGAGGAAGUAACUGGCCCCUCAGAGGUAGCAAAGGAACCUACUGGGAAGGGGGGAUCCGGGCUGUUGGCUUCGUGCACAGUCCACUUCUGAAAAACAAGGGAACGGUGUGUAAGGAGCUUGUGCACAUCACUGACUGGUACCCCACUCUGAUUUCACUGGCUGAAGGACAAAUUGAUGAGGACAUUCAACUGGAUGGCUAUGACAUCUGGGAGACCAUAAGUGAAGGCCUUCGUUCUCCCCGAAUAGAUAUUUUGCACAACAUCGACCCCAUUUAUACCAAGGCGAAAAAUGGCUCCUGGGCGGCAGGCUAUGGGAUCUGGAACACUGCCAUCCAGUCGGCCAUCAGAGUGCAGCACUGGAAACUGCUCACAGGGAACCCCGGGUACAGUGACUGGGUGCCCCCUCAGUCGUUCAGCAACCUAGGGCCGAACCGGUGGCACAACGAACGGAUUACGUUGUCAACUGGCAAAAGUGUAUGGCUGUUCAACAUCACAGCCGACCCCUACGAGAGAGUGGACCUUUCUAACAGGUAUCCCGGAGUUGUGAAGCAGCUCCUCCGGAGGCUCUCACAGUUCAACAAGACCGCGGUGCCUGUCAGAUACCCCCCCAAAGACCCCAGAAGUAACCCUCGGCUCAAUGGAGGAGUCUGGGGACCAUGGUAUAAAGAGGAAAACAAGAAACAGAAGUUACGCAAAAAUAAGACUGAGAAGAAGCAGAAGAAAAGUAAGACAAAGAAGAAACAGCAGAAAGUGGGUUCGUUUACAAAUUGCCGAUUGGGUGUUCCUCGUGGAUAGGUACAAAUUUUUUCCUGUCUGGUUAAACUUAAAUCAGUACUUAGUCUUUCACCAGUUUUCUAGGUGAACCAGCAUGUUUUUGGCUCAGUAGGAUUCCUGCCAUCAGCUUCGCUGUUUUCGUGUUGUGCUACUCCAGAGACUUCUGCCACCGGGAAAGCUUGUGCUCAGUGUCAAAGGUGCUACUCUUGGAAGCCAUGCUUAGAGCAGAAAGGAGAUGUUUGUUUCUCUUGGUCGUUUAUAAAAGGUGGUCAGUGACGAGUCCAGCUGUUGUGCUUCAGUCAAUUGACCAAACACUAUGCUUUAAAUUAUAACAUUGGACUGUAACCUGCAAUUGAUGGACAUGCUACUUUGAUGGAAGUUACAGAGCAGCAUGAUUAAAAACCACCUUUGAUGAAGUGUAGUCAAAGGUUGCAUCACCUCAAAGGCCUUGAAGAACAUUUUUUUCUUAGAGAAUUUUUGUAUAUCUAUCAUAGGGCACUUGGGUUUUUUUAAUUAAUUCUAUUUCAUAUAUCAUUUCCUUUCCUGUGAAAAUAAGCUGUUUUUCUCACAUGUGAACAGCUUGCACCUCACUUUAUCAUGCAUAAGGGAAUGGCAAAUAAGAAAGUUUGAGCACACUGCCAAAACGUGAAUGUAACUAUUUUCUAAACACUUUAAUAGAAUGAUGUUUCAGAAUAAAGUACAUAAUUUAUUUUUACAGAAAAAAUAUUAAUUAUUUUGUUUUCAUAAAUAGUUAUACAAAUGACUUUUAAUUAUUUUAUUUUUAUUUUCUACAUACCAUUAGAAGAAUUUUAUUUCAUAUUAUCAAGAUUAUCAAGCACUGUAAUACUAUAAAUUAAUAGUGUGUGAAUUUAUAGAAUAUAAAAAGAAAAAAAUGAUAAUCAUCAUUGUUCAACCAUUAUUUUGAAUGUAAUAAGAUGAAUAUAUUCCUUACAAAUUACUUGGAAAUUCAGCGUUUGUACAGAAUUGAGAGACAACUUUAUU